UGUACAUCAGCACACAUUCUACAUCAACCUGCAACAAAGAGAUUCAACUGUAAUAUACCUAUCGAGUCGUAUUACAUUAGGAAAUCACUGAUGAAGAAAUCACAGAUGAAGAAAUGGCUGACCUGUACGCGAUUACUUCUUGCAGUGGCUGCUCUGUUAAUACUGGUUUAUAUAUGCCUGGAUAAAGACAUUUACAAGACAACUACAUCUUUCCACCAAAAGAUCCGGAGCUAUGGAAAUGAACGCACCAACGAAUACAUACAGGCUGAACGAAUGGCAGUCUUAAAGAGUUACUGCAGAAACAACGGAACAAGAUACACGGAAUUUCCAACUCGAAGACGUUUCGUUGUUAGUGAAAAAUAUAAAGUUCUAUACUGCCAAGUCUUUAAAACUGGAAGCACAACAACAUUAACCAUUCUGCAUAACCUUGAGCACGAUGAAAGAAGAAAUACCCAUGAUAUGAGGGUGAUGCUCGAUGAUUUACCUUUUAAACGGCUCAAUACCUAUUCUGAUGAACAAGUUCGUCUUCGUUUGAAGACGUACACCAAGCUGAUCAUUGUCCGCAAUCCACUCGAAAGGCUGGCGUCAGCAUGGGAGGACAAAUUUUAUUACGCACCGUCGCGAUUUGGAUAUCGAAAACAAUACCACUCUAUGUUGGAAACACUUUCCUCAAACACCUCAAAGACACAGAUUGGACAUUCGGGGAUGCUACCCGAAGGCAGUGACAACAAGUCAUAUCCAAUAGUUCCGUUCCCUGCUUUCAUUAAAGCUGUUGGUACGAACAGAACAGACUGGCAAGAUCCGCACUGGCAGUUGAUCUCCGACCUAUGUGCCCCUUGCCAUAUCGACUAUGAUUUCAUCGUACACACGGAAACAAUAGCGCAGGACUACCCGCUUUUCUUUAGAAAGGCUGGAAUCGUCGGGAGGGAAGACCAACUCCCUGAAGUUCGACAGAGGAAAGGCGAUAGGCUGUUUUGGGACUUUUACAAACAAAUACCUAUAGAAGACUUGUGGCGGAUUAAGGAGAAGUUUGGGGCAGAUUAUGAGAUGUUUGGGUAUGACUUUAAUGAUGACAUCAGACGACUGUUCGGCCGUUAAGAAUGAUUUUACACUAUACAGACCGGGAGGAGGCUUUUGAGUAUUUUUUUAAUCCCGCGCCGGAUUUGCGUAGCAUAAUGCCUGACUAGCUUUUGCUAGAGGCUAGAGCCUCAAAAUGUACCCUAGCAAAAUCUACUCUGACAUUUUCAUUGGCAAAAAUGUAUUUUUUUAGUGUUGCCAUGGACUGCUAAUAUGCGUAUUUGACAAUAUUUACGGUUUCAGCAAUAUGCAUAAUAUGUAUUUCCCAUAUUGUUUUACAUGAAUUGUAUAAUAUGAAUUAUCAAAUUUAUAUAUUAUAACAUACGCAUGAAAAAAAAUGAAUUUGUGACGUCAUCAUUUGAAAUCUGAGAUUGCGGACCAUAUCACAAAAUAAAGUAAAGUCGACUUAUUAUCCCUUAAAUUUCGUUACUAUCUGGUACUUUUCCACAAAAACAAUACUAUUAUUUUGCAAAAAAGCAAUGUAUUCUUAAAAAUCACAUUUUCAUGAUUUUUGGUAUGUAGGUACCUUAGACAAUAUUGUACAAAAUAAAAUAUUAAUUAUGCAAAAAUGAGUACAUUUGCAUAAUUAAUGAGAGUGAUCUAUCGUAGCAGUUUUAUCCAUGUAUCUCUUGUCACAGAUAUGAUAUAGUCUUUACAUUUGGGUGGUAGAUAGCUUUCAGCGUCAUGCCAAAGUGGGGCAAGUUUCAGCCCCCUGGAACUGCAAGGACAUUUAUGUGAAAACUGCACCUUAACUGCAGAAAGGAAUGACGGAUUGACAUCACUUUAGGUAUGCGAAUAGCUUAGGCAAAGAUGUUCAUAAUGAUAUGCAUGUUAUACAAA